AUGACAGCCCAUGAUUCCGCUGAGGUCGCUACGGCCGUGCCUCCGACACCCAAUGGAGAAUCCGGAAAGCCAGCAACUCCGUUGCAAGAGCCGGCCUCGAACGAUCAGGUACAAACCACGGCUAUCUCAACCCCCAGUCCCGUUGACUUAGAACUCCCAACCUCCGCCGCCGAUGGCUUGAUUCAAAAACCGUUCCCGAAGCCUCUGGAUACCGCCAAACCCGAAGGGCCCGCCAAACUCACUGCGGACCAGCAGGCCAAGUAUGAGACUGUCCUGAAGACGGUCUCUUCCUGGACUGCCGUGCCCACGAAAGCCGAGAAGAAUGCCGCAACAGCUCCGAUCACAGAUGACGAGCGUAUGUGGUUGACCCGCGAAUGUCUCCUUCGAUACCUACGAGCCACAAAGUGGAACGUGGCGGAAGCUGAGACUCGACUCCAGCGCACGUUGACCUGGCGCCGAGAAUACGGCAUGGAAAAGCUGACGCCCGACUAUAUCUCGAUUGAAAAUGAGACGGGAAAGCAAGUCAUUAUGGGCUUUGAUAUCCACGGCCGGCCGUGUCUGUACCUUCUGCCCUCGAACCAGAAUACGGAGAAGAGCGAACGCCAGAUUCAACACCUCGUUUUCAUGCUUGAACGAGUCAUUGAUCUCAUGGGCCCUGAUCAAGAAACGCUGGCGCUUCUUGUGAACUUCAAUGAGACCAAGUCCGGACAGAAUGCGUCGAUUGGCCAGGCUAAGCAGACUCUAGACAUUCUCCAGAACCAUUAUCCCGAGAGACUUGGACGCGCUCUAGUCAUUAACGUACCUUUCGUUAUCUGGGGCUUCUUCAAGUUGAUCACCCCUUUCAUCGACCCACAGACUCGCCAGAAGCUCAAGUUCAACGAGGACCUCCGUCAACAUGUGCCCCCCAGCCACCUUAUGAAGUCUGUUGGCGGUGAUGUUGAAUUCAAGUAUGAUCAUAAGACUUACUGGCCAGCUCUUAACCAGUUGGCCGAGCAGCGGCGGGAAGCGUAUCGCCAACGCUGGAUCCAAGGCGGGAAGCAAAUUGGAGAGUUCGAGAACUACCUCAAGGGUGAGGACAUUCCAAGCGUCUCGCAGAGCCAGGGAGCUUGA